CCCGCGGCCGGGCUGAGCCUGCAGCCGGGCAGGAUGCGGCACCUGGGCGUCUGCCCCAACCAGCUGAACCCCAACCUAUGGGUGGAUGCCCAGAGCACCUGCGAGCGGGAGUGCCAGACCGACCAGGACUGUGAAGACUUUGAGAAAUGCUGCACCAACGUGUGUGGGCUGCGGAGCUGCGUGGCCGCGCGCUUUGCCGACGGCAGCGUUCCGGCGCUGGCGCUGGCGCCCGCCGCCUCCUGCGAGAGCUUCGUGUGCGCGCAGCAGGGCUCCGACUGCGACAUCUGGGACGGGCAGCCCGUCUGCAAGUGCAAGGACCGCUGCGAGAAGGAGCCCAACUUCACCUGCGCCUCCGACGGCCUCACCUACUACAACAAGUGCUACAUGGACGCCGAGGCGUGUCUGCGCGGCACCCGCCUGACCACCGUGCCCUGCAAGCACAUCUUCACCUGGCCCGACACCAGCCCCGUGCCGCAGGAGACCACGGCGCGCCCCACGCCGGGCGCCGGCCCCGAGGUGCCGGUGCCCCCCGCCCUGUACACCAACCCCUUCCACCAGUCCUCCGUGCGCGCCGGCGGCACCGUCAGCUUCCGCUGCGACGUGAGCGGCCGCCCGCAGCCCGACAUCACCUGGGAGAAGCAGAGCGAGCGGGAGGAGAACUUCAUCAUGCGGCCGGACCAGAUGUACGGCAACGUGGUGGUCACCAACAUCGGCCAGCUGGUCAUCUACAACGCCCGCCACGAGGACGCCGGCAUCUACACCUGCACGGCCCGCAACGCCGCCGGGCUGCUCCGCGCCGACUUCCCGCUGUCGGUGCUCAGGCGGGAGCCGGGCGGGACCCCGCGCACCGGCAGCCCCCAGCCCUUCCCCAGCGCCGAGUGCCUGAAGGAGCCGGACCGGCGGCGCUGCGAGCCCCCCCCCCCCCCCCCCCCCCCCCCCCCCCCCCCCCCCCCCCCCCCCCCCCCCCCCCCCCCCCCCCCCCCCCCCCCCCCGGGCUCCUGCCUCACCUUCCGCUACGGCGGCUGCGGGGCCAACAGGAACCACUUCGAGACGUACGAGGAGUGCCGAGCCGCCUGCCUGGGCAGCGCCCGCCCCACCUGCCUCCUGCCCAUGGUGCAGGGGCCCUGCCAGAACUGGGAGCCGCGCUGGGCGUACAACCACCUGCUGAAGCAGUGCCACUCCUUCGUCUACGGCGGCUGCGAGGGCAACACCAACAACUUCGAGAGCAAGGAGACGUGCGAGGACGUGUGCCCCUUCCCCAAGAGCCUGCAGUGCAAGGCCUGCCGCCUGAAGAGCAAGAUGGUGCUGAGCCUCUGCCGCAGCGACUUCGCCAUCGUGGGGCGGCUCAUGGAGAUCGUGGAGGACCAGGACUCCGGCAUCGCCCGCUUCGCCCUCGAGGACGUCCUCAAGGAUGAGAAGAUGGGCCUCAAGUUCUUCAACAUCAAGUACCUGGAGGUGACCUUGACCGACAUGGACUGGAGCUGCCCCUGCCCCAACAUGACGGCGGAGGACGGGCCCCUGAUCAUCAUGGGCGAGGUGCACGACGGAAUGGCCACGCUGGACCCCAGCAGCUACGUCCGGGCCGCCAACGACAAACGGGUGAAGAAGAUCUACGAGCUGAUGGAGAAGAAAACCUGCGACCUCCUGAACCGCUUCCAGGACUAGGGGACAGCCAGGAUGUGCCGGCGGGGGGAGCUGCAGACACAGCACGGAGGGGGCGGCCUGAGGGAGCCCCCGCACCGGUGCGUGUGUCUAGAGGUUACCACUGUCACGUAGCUCCCCCCAACCCCAUGCUGAGCCCCAGAGCAGCUCCCACCUCCACUGUAAUUUAUCUGCCCCAUGUUCCCCCCGCCGUGUGAACCCCCUCUUCCCCCCCAGCCUGUCCAGGAGCAGUAAAGAACUGGGUCGGGUUGCAGAGGGGUGGGAGAUCUGCCAGGACCACCCCACUCAUAAAAUCUUCCCACCUCACCAAAGCCUCUGGGCCCAGUGUAACACCCCUGGUGCUGGACCUGAGCCUUUCGUUGGUGCUGGAGGUGGAACUGGGGACCCCCCCCCCC